ACUCACGGACCAAAUGAAACCCUAAACCUCAGCUCCUAUUUCAUCAACUCCCUCCACCAUUUCAAUCUUCACACACAUCCGGUAGCAGUCGGCCGUUUUUCCCUUCGAACAGAGAAGAGUGAAGCAAAGAUGAGUCGAGGGGCAGGAGUGGUAGCCAAGGGGAAGAAGAAGGGAGCGAGUUUCGUGAUCGACUGCUCGAAGCCGGUGGAGGACAAGAUCAUGGAAAUCGCAUCUCUGGAAAAGUUCCUCCAGGAGAGAAUCAAGGUCGGCGGCAAGGCCGGUGCUCUAGGCGACUCUGUCACCGUCACCCGCGAGAAGACCAAGCUCAUCGUCACCUCCGACGGCAACUUCUCCAAAAGGUAUCUUAAGUAUCUAACAAAGAAGUACUUGAAGAAGAACAACGUGAGGGAUUGGCUUCGGGUGAUUGCUUCCAACAAAGAUAGGAAUGUUUAUGAGUUGCGGUACUUCAACAUUGCUGAGAAUGAGGGAGAGGAGGAAGACUGAGGAUACAGUUCAGUGUUUUAUAACAUUAUCUGUUUGUCUUGGCUUUCAACUUUUAGAAUCUGUUUUUUUCUUCUUCACCUUUUUGAGCUAUGAACCUAUUGAGUUGUUUUGUAUUUUUCCCAAUCUAUGUUCUCUUGUGAUUUUGUUAACUAAUACUAGGACAUCUCGAUUUGUUAUUGCCAGAUUUGGUUAGUACAAUAGUUAUUUAUCCCAGAAUGUGGAUUAUGAAAAUUGGUAUGGUGGCUAAGUUUUACAUUUGACGUUGAUGGAGGUUAUUUGGGGUGCUGAAAAUUGAUGGUGGUUAUUUUUUG